GAGCUGGUAAGAAGCAAGAUAUAUUGAGCGUGAUAUUAAGUUAUAAUACAAAAUAAGAAAGCAAAUUGAAAAGAAGCAAGAUAUUAGAGAAAAAUGGACAAGUACGAGCUGGUAAAAGAUUUGGGAGCUGGGAAUUUUGGUGUAGCAAGGCUUUUAAGGCACAAAGAAACCAAUGAACUUGUUGCCAUGAAAUACAUUGAGCGUGGCCACAAGAUUGAUGAAAACGUAGCCAGGGAAAUUAUAAACCACAGAUCACUUCGCCAUCCCAAUAUAAUUCGUUUCAAAGAGGUUNGGAUAUUUAUUAUAGUAAUUUUUGGAAAUUAUUAUAUACGGUUGUGUUUGAAAAUCAUGGAUAAGGUGGUUUUGACACCGACACAUUUAGCAAUUGUGAUGGAGUACGCAGCGGGUGGAGAGCUAUUUGACCGAAUCUGUACUGCAGGCAGAUUUAGUGAAGAUGAGGCUAGGUACUUCUUUCAGCAGCUCAUUUCUGGAGUUUGUUAUUGCCACGCCAUGCAAAUAUGCCAUAGAGAUCUGAAAUUGGAAAACACGCUUUUGGAUGGAAGCCCGGCCCCACGACUCAAAAUCUGCGACUUUGGCUACUCCAAGUCUUCAGUUCUGCAUUCGAAACCAAAAUCUACUGUUGGCACGCCAGCCUACAUUGCACCGGAAGUCCUAUCCCGUCGAGAAUACGAUGGCAAGUUGGCAGAUGUAUGGUCUUGUGGAGUGACGUUAUACGUGAUGCUAGUGGGAACUUACCCUUUUGAAGAUCCAGAUGACCCUAAGAAUUUCAGAAAAACAAUUUCAAGAAUAAUGGCUGCUGAGUACAAAAUCCCGGACUACGUUUACAUCUCUCAAGAUUGCAGGCACCUUCUCUCUCGCAUAUUCACUGCCAAUCCCCACAAGAGAAUCAAUAUAAAGGAGAUGAAGAGCCAUCCGUGGUUUUUGAAGAAGUUGCCUAAGGAACUAACAGAGGAAAAUCAAGCGGUUUAUUAUCAGAAAGACAAGCCCAGCUUCUCACUUCAAAGUAUCGACACGAUUAUGAAAAUCGUUAGUGAAGCACGAAAAUCGCCUGCCAUGUCAAGGCCGGUGGGGGGCUUCGGAUGGGGAGGUGAAGAGGAUGAAGACAUGGAAAAUGACUUGGAAGAAGAAGAUGAAGAAGAUGAGUAUGAGAAGCACGUGAAACAAGUUCACGCGAGUGGGGAGUUUCAUAUCUAGUAAUUAACGGGAAAAACGAAAAUAAAAUAAAAUGAUAUUUGUUCAUUUUUAUUUUUAUUUUUAUUUU